AUGACAGUGUUAACAUUGCCACAAUUUCAAAUGGAUACAGUUGAGUCUUCUGCAAUAGCUACAAAUGAAUAUCUGCCGAUUUUGCCGGGUAUUGAUAGUUUUCCUGGUGCACCUCUUGCUCAAAGUACUGAAAAAGAUCUGCAGAAUGAAUCAUUAUUGCCACUUUCAUCAUUAUUUGAUUCUACAUUUUUUUUGCGUGAAUCUAUGUUAGCUGUUCCUCAGCCUACGUGCCGUCUUCCUGAGUCAAUGCAUGGCUUGUUAUCUGUACGAGAUAUCAAUAUACAGCGAGAAGUCUCGUGUUCAGUGUCUCCUAACACACGAUAUAAACAUUAUGCUUGUCCACAGUGUUUUAAGAUGUUUUCCCGGCCGAGUAAUCUUAAGGUUCAUAUAUAUACUCAUACUGGUGAGCGUCCAUUUGUUUGCACAUUUAGAGAUUGUGGGCGUUCUUUCUCAGUCCGUAGUAAUAUGCGGCGACAUAUGCGUAUUCAUGGCUUAUAG